CUUGUAGUUCUCUAGAGCUCUCCCCAUCCUGGGGCCUACAGGGUUGUGACCAGCACAGGACUACAAGUUCCAGCAUGCCGUGCGGGGGCGAGGCCGUACCAUAUGCGGGGAGGAGGUCUCUGUUUUCUCCGGGUAAAAGCAUCGAGGGGCCGGGAAGCCGUGGUCGCCAGCAUGGCCAGAAGGGCCUUGAAACUUGUCUCUCUGGCAGCAGCCAGCUCUGGUUUCUACCUAUACAGCAGCAAGUACCUGGAUCCCAAUGAUUUUGGAGCUGUUCGGGUGGGCAGAGCCAUUGCCACAACAGCUGUUAUCACCUAUGACUACCUCACUGCUCUUCGGAGUGUCCCGUAUGGAUCACAGGAGUAUGCCUACCUCAAAUCACAGGUGCAUCUGCGCUCUGCGGAACGCCUCCGGGACCUGUGUUGUGCCAACAGAGGCACCUUCAUCAAAGUGGGACAGCAUCUGGGGGCACUCGACUACCUUCUGCCUGAGGAAUACACUCGCACCCUGAAGGUACUACACAGCCAGGCCCCUCAGAGCAGCAUGCAGGAGAUUGAACAAGUGAUCCGUGAGGACCUGGGCAAAGAGAUCAAAGAGCUCUUUGUGAGUUUUGAGGACACUCCCCUGGGAGCAGCAUCCCUGGCCCAGGUCCACAAGGCAGUGCUGCAGGAUGGGAGGACAGUGGCAGUGAAAGUCCAGCACCCGAAGGUUCAGGCUCAGUGCUCCAAGGACAUUUUGUUGAUGGAGAUUCUCCUGCUGACCGUGAAGCAGAUCUUCCCAGACUUCGAGUUCAUGUGGCUGGUGGAUGAAGCUAAGAAGAAUUUGCCCCUGGAGUUGGACUUCCUCAAUGAGGGGAGGAAUGCAGAAAAGGUGGCCCACAUGCUCAAGGACUUUGACUUCCUGAAGGUCCCUAGGAUCUACUGGGAGCUGUCAACCAGGCGCGUCCUUCUCAUGGAGUUUGUGGAAGGCGGGCAGGUGAAUGACAGGGCCUAUAUGGAGAGGAACAGCAUCGACGUCAAUGAGAUCUCUCGCAAUUUGGGGAAGAUGUACAGUGAAAUGAUCUUUGUGAACGGCUUCGUACACUGUGACCCGCACCCGGGCAACGUGCUCGUGAGGAAGUGCCCAGCCACUGGCAAGGCCCACAUUAUAUUGCUGGACCAUGGGCUCUACCAGGUCCUGACAGAGAAGUUCCGCUUGGACUAUUGCCGGCUCUGGCAGUCCCUGAUCAAGGCUGAUAUGAAGAGGGUGCAGAAGUACAGCCGACGGCUAGGGGCAGGUGACCUGUACCCACUCUUCGCAUGCAUGCUCACCGCCAGGUCCUGGGACUCUGUCAACAGGGGCAUCGACCGGUCACCGGUCACAGCCAAUGAGGACGUGGAGAUCCGGACCAAUGCUGCUGCUUACCUACCUCAGAUCAACCAGCUCCUCAACAAUGUGCCCCGCCAGAUGCUGCUGCUGCUGAAGACCAAUGAUCUGCUAAGGGGGAUUGAGUCAGCCCUGCACACACGGGCCAGUGCCAGCUCUUUCCUCAACAUGUCUCGCUGCUGCAUUAGAGCCGUCUCCACGUAUCAGAGGAGCAAGUCUCACUCCCUGUACAGAAAGGCCAAGAUCUCUCUCUUAGAAGCUCUGAGCCUGUGGCAGAUCAACUUAUAUGAACUCUUCCUGCGGCUGAAGGGGUCCCGGCUGGGGAACUGGGUCAUUGCUUUCCUGAGCCGGAUGCACCAUUCUCCGUACUGACAGGAACUGGUGGGAGAAGCCUGGGCAAUUAUUGCUCGCCUCCAUUCUCCGCAGCACACUUGCCUUCCUGACCAUUCCUGUCCGUACUCCACAAAGGCUAUUGAGACGCUUUUCUUGUAACGCAUGGUGCCGGCCUUGGCUGUCAGAGCAUAAGCUUCUCUAUAGCAGAGAGGGAGGGGAGAGCAGGGGCUCUGGGAGUCAGGACUCCUGAGUUCUAUUUUAGCAAUGAGAGAGGUGGGAGUAUGAUCUAGUGGGCAGGGCAGGUGGCCUGGGAGUCUCUCUGUUCCCAGCUCUGGGAAGUACCAUUAUGGAAACAUCCUGUAGACUUGAAUAGGAAAGGAGAACUUUUUCUAGCCCCUACCUCUUUUAAACCAUCCUAUGGCAUUUAAGAGAAAUGCAUCCCUGCCCUAGAAUUCUCCAGGAUGGUUCAAACCCCCUAGAGAGGAAAUCAUUCCUUAUGGAAUCCAAUAGGGUUUUCAGUAGUUUGUACAAAAUCCUAUUGGUUUAAUGCCUGUGAAAUCGACAGGAAUUUUCUCUAAGGGGAGAAUGAUCUAGUAGCAGGGGACUGUGAGCCAGGACUCCUGGGUACUAUUCCCAGCUCUGAGAGGGAGUGGGAACUAAUGGUGAGAGCAAGGGUCUGGAAGCCAGGAUUUUUCUGGGUUCUGUUCCCAGCUCUGCUAUGGAGUCACUGUGUCAUUCUGGGCAAGUGCUUUCCUUUCCUCAGUUUUCCCACAUGUAACAUGGAGGUAAUGCUACAAACCCUCCUGAACGGCUCAGGGAGCAGGUGCUGUGGAAUCUCAUCUGAGAACUCACAUCUUGUGGCUGGUGAUGUAUGUGCGCUGUACUGUACUGUCACACAGGAAAAUAAAUAGGGUGUCAUGUUAGAGUCCUGCAGGGGAGACGUGCAUGGCUACCCACCCCUUUCACCCCAGCCCCAGUUUUAGUUUUCACCUUCCCUGAGCAUGACUUGACACUCUGUACUGUUAGUCCCUUACAAACCCAAUCAACUGCUGCUCCGUUCUCUCCACGACCUCUCCCCCGUCUGACGGAUAUGGUCCAGCUCAAGGUCAGCUGCUGUUGAGUCAGGCAUGCGUUGCCGUGGGGGUGAUGGCGCCUGCCUGGAUGACUCACCACUCUUACCCCACACAUUCACACACAGCUAGUUCCCCCUCCGGCCCCCCAGCCACGGGAACAUGCUGCCAGAGCCAGCACUGCCAUAGCAUUAAACGUGGAGCGGCUCGGCUCGGCUCAGAACUGCUUGUGAUGUUGUGCAGCUCCUGGCUCAAAUGGAAACCUGUCACUUGCUCGGUGUAUGGGCCUGAUCGCUCUGAGCCCACAACCAGGACACAAGCCCCAGAAAGCCUUGCGCAGAAGCCUCACUUCUGCCACGUGUCGCCAGGCUCUCCUCCCACAUGCCUGCUCUCUGUGGAGCUUCCUGAAAACAGAAGUGAUGGACAGAGGCUCAGUGUGGUCAGACUUGUGGGGUCCUCCCCAUACUGCGAGCACAGGCUGAAGAGGGGAUGCUGGGAAACAAACUGCACAUGGGGUCAUGGAAAGGGAUGGGCCUGUCAGGCCGCCCCAUGGACCAUCUCUGCAAGGGGUGCCUACCCCACUGGGCACAAAGGGGUGUGUUUCAGAAGCUUGCACUGUCAACAGGUUUGACUGAGAGAGGUUCUUGUCAGCACGGGAGAGCAAGGCCUGGGGAGGGGCUGCUUGUGAAAGAGAAUGGCUUCCUGGUUGGUAUCACUCUGAAAGCCCAGUCAUGGAGCAUGUUUGUACACAUGAGAGGGAAUGCGUGUAUGACUGCUGGGGAGUGUCAACCUGUGACACAGGGCGUGUGGAAAUCUGUCACUGGGUGAGGGAGAGAAUGUAUGCAAGUCGGAAGCAUACCCAGGGAGUGCGCGUGAUUGUGUCUGUGAUUGUGAAAGUAUCUGUGAAUAUUGUGCAUGUGCAUCUGGCUGGUUACUACAAAGAUGUUUGUUAGAUGCAGUGUGUCUGGUAGGUUAAAUUGCAAAUGCUGGAGAGAGAGAGAGAGAGAGUGUGUGUGUGUGUGUGUGUGUGUUUCUUACCAACUGCAAUCUAAAUCUCAACCCCUCCCUCACAUCCAGGCCAACCCCCCUGCCUGUUCUCAUUAGCCUGUCAGGUGGUAACUAGGUUGCCUAGGGUCAUAGCUGACGGGAGGAGCAGGAACAAGAUGCUGAGCUCGCCCUACGUGUGUAAGGAGAACCAGUUAGAGCAAGAAGCCUUGUCAAACCUUUCCCCACCAUUCUAGCCCAGUUCAGAGAUGCACCCAGGCCAAACCUCUGAAAGGUCUGGGUUUCACUGUCACUUGAAUUCUCCUGCAAACUAGCCUAUGAUAAUUUUAGUGAUGGGAGCCUGAGUCAGCAAGGAGCUAUGGAAGCCCUUGGCAAUCGAUCCUGCAGCCCUUACGUGAGAGAGUCUUGCUCACGCAAAUAGUCUCACUGAGGUCCAUGCAAUUACUUAUGUGAUUGCAGCUUGUUGGACAGACCAGCUGGGUUAUGAAGAAAUAGCUGUGGGCCUAUCCUACUCCCUUCCCUUGCAAGGAACUGAAAAUCACACAGUGAAGUCUAGUGAAACCUGUGCUUGUGGUGACCUAUUGAACAGGGCAUGUUCUAGUAGCCCCUGCAGCUCCUUCACACUAACCAUUCUAAACACACCCAUCUCAGUAACGUCUGGGCUCCACCUGUGAGGUGUAGGUCAGCUUCAGUCCCCCCAUUUUCCAGAGGGCGAGCAGAUUCUGUGAGAUGGUGCAACUUCCCCAAAGUCAUAGCUGACAUUUGUAGCAGAAGAUGGGACCACACCCCAUGCUCUACAUAUACCAACCCUGUGCCUUCACCACACCAGUAUCCAUCCUCUCCGCUGCUAAUGGCAUGCCUGAGCAGCCCCUGCUAUAAAGGCCAAAGAGAACCAGCAGCCCUUUCAGGUGUCGUUACUGACAGGUUGUGGUCAGCAAAGAGCAGGUUCUGUUUCAUGGAGCUUUGCCUAUUGCCACCCAUCCCUACUGAGCAGGGAGAGUGGCUGCUUUUUAGCAAGGUUUGUAGGGCAAGGCCUCGGCAGCGUGGUUUUCAUCCAGCCCUUCUCAUCAAACUGAAGGAGAACUUUGUCAGAGAAGGGUGUGAACCGAAAGCUCAGGGGCCAGCCCUGUGAUGUUCCUCUGCUGUCUGUAUCUCUGCUUAAAACUCUCACACCUAAACCUGCAAAAAUGGCUUUCAAAGGGGCCUCCUUCUUGUUGUCCCAAUUUGUGGCUGUUGGGUGGUGGCAGCUCUGCCUCCCCUUUCUGUGGUCUGGAAUGAUCUCUCAUCCUCCCCAGAAAAAACAGCCUCCCUCCCCGCAGCAGGCCUCCAUGCAGUUUCCCUCUCUGGGUUAUAUUUCAAGGGAACAGACAUUUCUUUUUGAUAGUUCCUUAUUUCUGUCCUAGCUCCCUCUGCUGGCUGUAUGGCAGCACAACACAACCCAAGGCCAGAGGCAAUGUAUGCACCCGGCCAGGGUCCUGUGUGCCGCAGGGACUAACCUAUGCGUGGAAGUGGACUCCAGAGUCUGGUACUACUUUAUAGGGACGCUUACUGGGGCACUGAAGUUUGAUCUGGAGCCAAACAGGAGCAGAGUGACUGUGAUGGGUCUGUCCCACCUCCUAUAAUAUUAAAUGCCGUCCUAUAUUUCUAUAGGACCUCCUAUCCUAGUGAUUAUCAAAGCCCUUUACAAACUGCAUGCUGUAGCGACAGGCAGGCAGCGGCGGCACCAGCGCACCAAGCACGUGCCUGGGGUGGUAAGCCACGGGGGACGCCCUGCUGGUCUCUGCGAGGGAGGCUGUCAGGCAGUCUUUGGCAGUUUGCCUGCGGGAGGUCUGCUGAUCCCGCGGAUUCGGCGGCAAUUCAGCGGUGGGUACGAAGGCAGCCUGCCUGCCAUGUUUGGGGUGGCAAAACAGCUAGAACUGCCCCUGGUGACAGGAAUCAUUUCAUCCACACUGAAAUCUAGCCACCUCUGGGGUGAAGUGAGGCAGCUGUUUAACAACUCCACCACAUAGCCUGAGAGUAUAGGACAUGAAGUGAAACAGAAUCCCAUAUCCAGCUGAAAUAGCACAGAGAAUCCAGGAAGGAAGAAAAACAUUUAUGGAGAGAGAAUUUAGCCAAGUUUUAACCAAGUGCUCUGUGUAGCACAACUGCCCCAGCACCAUGAGGGGGGUGGGGGUAUUGGGGUCAAUGCUCUUUCAGCCCUCAUCACCACCUCAGGCCACUCCCAGCAAUGGAACCACUCAAUAGCAUCAAUCCCCCCCAAUAUCACCAACCCCCCACCCUCAAGCAGAACCCCCAAUAUCAGUGCACCCCAUCAUCGUCCCCCCAAAUCAAUUAUUGCCAUCUCCCUUCCCAUCUCUUGGGAGGGCUCUUCUGCUGCUGUACCUGUACCUUUGCCAGCCCUGGAAGGGGCAGUGGGCAGGGCUGCUGGGCUCCAGGAGGUAAAUGGGAGGGGGGUUCAGACCUGGGCCAAAGGAGAGAGGCUGCACGGUCUGGGCUCCCCUCAUUCUCCAUGGUGAGUCUGCACCAGGGAGAGUGACAGCCAGGGGAGCCCAGACCAGAGCUCCCACCAGGGCAGCCACCUCCUCCUACCCUCUGCUCCCUGGAUGGAGGGCACCCCCGAUCCUGCUCCAGCUCCUUGCUGCAGCCAGGUAGCAGAGACUGUGUAGGGCUGCUCCAAACAUGAAAGGGGGCCUUCUGUGGGUCAGCCCACCAGCCGGGGACUGAAUAGGGCACCAAGUGCAGUCACACCUGCCCUGCCCUAGGACCAGUUCUGGACCAAGUAAUGUUCACAUGGGGCGAUGGAGGGAAGUCCAGCUAAUUCUCUCCAUGUCCAAAGGCAAAGACAGAACACACACAAAUGGCACAGCAGUGAUGCACAUGAAUGUUCGAGUGGGAGGUGGGGAGCCAUGCUCUGUAUGGAUGGGAUUACUUUGCCCUGCUGGACAUACCACACCAGUGGCAGCGCUGGUCUGCCUCAGCUGCAAGCUGUACCCAGCCCUAUGAGCCAUCCAGAUGCAAUGUGGUUACCAAGUUUGAGUCACUCUCCUGGGCAAAUCUGUGUCUAAUGGGGGCUCCAGAGCCUGCAGCAUCCUGAACUAACCAAGUGGUGACGGGAAGUAGGAGCAGGCAGAGGGACCGUAAUCUGAGCAGACAGAGCUGGCUUCAUCCCCAGGGGCCAGUACGGGACUGUGAGUAUGGGCAACAGGCUGGCUUUAGAUCUCGUAAACAGGGAAGCAUCCACCCCAAAGAGCCAGGUCCUCCCCUGGCUCCCGCAGGCCUAGCCUCUGGGCACUAUUGCUUUAGGAGCACAGAGGCGCUUCUCCAGGAGUCCUGCAAAAUCCGUCACACUGCCUUUCUGAAAGCUCUGUGAUGUACUUUCAGCAUCCUCCAGGCAAUGCUUGCAAUUGUAGCCCAAGCCCGGCGUUAUCCUGCAGAUCACUGUCAGACAGCCCACUGCCUUAAAGAAGCUGCAACGUCUCUUUCGGAGCUGGAUGUUAGUGCUUCAGCACAGUUCAGAAGGGGAUUUGGUCCUUGUUGUGGGGUGCUGGCCUCCAGCAUACCACCUUGUGGCCCUGUGGGUGCAUUGCACUCAGAAUCUCUCCCCCUCCCACCCACCCCCAGUUCUUCCAGUCCCUUACUCCAACUCGUCUGGUUCAAAACAGGUACUCUUGUCAUGGCAUCUGAUUUGUGUCUUUCUGUAAUACGUAACUCGCUUUGUUAGUCACCUCAUUCACCCCCAUCUUGGGCCGCAUCGGAGUCCUAGUCAGCUGUCUUGUCCUGGUCCCCUUCCUGGAACUGGGACUGUACUUCAAAUGGUCACACUCUCAAAACAGGAGUCCCAAGAUAUCCUCCUGGAACAGAUAAUACUUCAGUGAAAAAGGCACCUGCUCUGUCCUUAAUGCAGGUGCCCAGCCCUCCUCCUGGAGCUGGGUAAUUCAGGCAGUUAUUACUGCCCUCCUUAAGCCAGGAGUCCCCAGCUCCCCUCCAUGGAGCUGGGUUGUAAUUUAGCCUGCUGUAGGGCCUUACCCAGCUUCUCUCUCAGCUGGCCCCUUUUCCCCAAUUCAUCCUCGGGCUCAGCGAGUUCAGCGGGCAGCCUUCUACUGGCAUCUCCCCUGCUAUGAGGAGGAGGCAGGAUAUAUACUGGUUCCCCUCUUUACAGCUCAUCCUACUUGGUUGGGUGAGAGGCGAGCCUUGCCCUGCCCAAGUCUCCUGCCCCAGAGUCCUUAAAGAAUCAGUGAUGGGAUUUCCUCCCUAACCAUCCCAGGACUGCUUCCUCUCUGUCAGUAUCACCUAGGUCCUUGUAUGAAAACAUCAGACCUUUCAACAGACCACGGUGGGCUGAACCCUAUGUAUACUAUCCUUAUGGGACAUACUAUCCCGUCACACUCCUCUGUGUGAGUGAACAUGGGUGGGGUGGUGGAGCUGGCUCUGGUGAAAUGUGCUGCUGUGGUAGAGCUUGACAGGAACUGUUUAGGCAGCAAUGGGAAAGCCCCUCCCACACUGUCCCACCAAUAUGUCUUUAGUCUCUCUGUUAACACUUUUAACAGAAGAGCUAAUUGGUGCCUGUUGUCACGUGGCCUAAGAAAUUAAAAGGAACAGUCAGAAAGGUGAAAUGCCUGCAAACUACAUGGAGACUAUUAAAAAAAGCCAUAAUAGAGGCUCAAACUAAAUGUCUACCCCCAAAAUAAAAAAAAGUAAUGAGGACCAAAAAAUGCCACUAUGGCUAAACGAUAGAGUAAAAGUGACAAAAAGGCAUCCUUUAAAAAUUGGAAGUCAAAGCCUACUGCGGAAAACAGAAAGGCGCAUACCUCUGUCAAGUCAAGUGUAAAAGUGUAACGAGGCUGGCCAAAAAUCAGAAUUUGAAGAGCAACUAGCUAAGGAGACAAAAACUAACAGCAGAACUUUUUAAAAGUACAUCAGAAGCAGGAAACCGGCCAGUCAGUGGGGCCACUGGAUGAUCAAGGUGCUAAAGGAGCACACCAGGAAGAUGGGGCCGUUGUGGAGAAGCUGAAUCAAUUCUUUGAAUCGGUCUUCACUGCAGAGGCUAUGGGAGAGAUCCUCGCAUAUUGCUUUUAGGUGACAAAUUGGAGGAACUAUCCCAGACAGAGGUGUCAAUAAAGGAGGUUUUGGAACAAAUUGAUAAUUGAAACAGCAAUAAGUCACUAAGGCCAGAUGGUAUUCACCCAAGAGUUCUGAAGGAACUCAGAUAUGAAGUUGCAGAGCUACUGACUCUGGUAUGUAAACUACUGCUUAAAUCUGCCUCUGAACCAGAGGGCUAAUGUAACUCUGAUUUAAAAAAAAAAGGCUUCAGAGGCGAUCGUGGCAAAUCCAAGCCGGUAGGCUUAACUUCAGUGUCAGGCAAAUUGGUUGAAACUAUAGUAAAAGAACAGAAUUAUCAGACACAUAGAUGAACAUGUUACAUCGGGGAAGAGUCAACAC